AUGCUCGCGAGGGCCCUACAGUCACAGGCACUCCAGUUCUCCCAAACAACCCCCUCGACCCCUAUCUCCCCUCCGCAGUGUCCAACCCCCUUCAACACCAACCCAUUGAUCUUCAUGUCUCCCCACCUACCCACAAUCCCAUCGGUACUCACUCCUCCAUCUCUCCCCCAACCCCCCUCUCCCCUCUCACUCCCCAAGAUACCGCAAGACCCACCCUCUCAAUGCUCGCUCAUCCCAUCGUCUCCGUCCUCUCGCCCGUCCUCCGCUCAUCUCUCACAUCACACCCCUCCCAUCACGCCUCCACGAAAUCUCUCAUGCAUCGUCCUCCCUCAUCCCCCUCCCUCUAACUCUCUCCAGUCGCGCGACUCAUGCGCCUCCUCUGCCAUCUCGCGACGCAUCGCCCUUUCCAUCCUUCGUUCCUCUCUCUCAUCUUCAAAUUUCACAUUCUCCGAUCCAGCAUCUACAUCUUCCUCUAGCGAUCGCCACUCCCCAGUAUCCUCAUUCCAAUCUCUCUCCACUCUCUCCAAUCCUAUCCUCCAUCUCUCGUCCUUUAUGUAA